AUGUCGUCGGUGACUUCAUCUUCAAUUAUUUCUCGUCACCUUCUGCUCGUUGAUUGUGAUGGCGGUCGAGGCAGAUUAUUCGAACGAUUUACCAUUCAAGAUCUUCCGAAAUACACAGAUAUAUAUUUAUUCUGGAAUAACACAGAUGCAUUCGUUACAGCAGAGUUGAAUAAGCUGAAAACCAUCACUGAAAAAAUACAUCUCUGUCCAUCUCAUUUAAUUGACUGCAAAAACUCAGCGGAUGGGAAAUUAAUCUAUUUUCUUGGCAAACUAGUGAAAGAUUAUGAUCGCAUUUGGAUUAUCCAGGGUUCGGAUCGUAUUUAUGAAGAAAUUGAAGAAUCAGUCAAUUAUGAAUAUCCGCAUGAAGAAAAAAUAAAAUUAAUCAAAAUCACUGUGCCUGGAUCUAUUGAAUUGGGAAAAAUUCUUAUGCAAAUACGCCAGCAGUCAACAUUAAAUCGUCCAAGGGUUAUACCAAUUCAAAAUGGUAUUGAAUUCUUAAAUGAUACCAAAUGCCAGGCGUGUCCAUUAUGUACUUCUAAAAAACGCCAGUUUGGUCUUCAUGGUUUACUCAGUCAUUUACGCGAUAAACAUAAGCGUCCUUUUACUUGUCGCCUCUUUCUCGAUACUUCGUCUAUCCAGAAUGGUGAUAAGGCAGAUUCUUCAGCGGUUCCUUCAACAGAGAAGACAAAAGCUGCUUCUGGUGCACUAAUUUGUUCACAUACGAAGUUGCAGUUUAUCUUUGAACCAAGCGUAGGUCAAACUUUCACACGAAGUCCAGCGCAACAAAUACAUGGAGAAAAAAUCAAAUGUCCUCAUGAUGACUGUCAACACAAGAGUAAGUCAUACGGUGUUGAUGGCUUAGUAACGCAUUGUAAAUGCAAACAUAAACUAGAUCUUUCUUUUCAAUGUGGCGGGGAAAAUACACCAAUUAUGAAAACAAAAGGCUUUAAAAAACAUUUGAAGAAAUAG